AUGCCACUAAACAGAACGAAGCGAACGAAGCAAGUUCACUUGUCGGCUGCCGUCCCCCCACCAAACAUUCGUUCAGUCCCAUUCGCCGAAAGCAAACGGAGACUUCCGGGACGCAAUACAUAUCCUUAUUUUGCACAACAGGGCGUGCAGGGCAUGCAGGGUGCAAGAAGGAGAGCGGAGAUGAUCAUCACUGAAAUCUCCGCUGAAUGCACAAAGCUGCUUGGUACCAACCAUAAUACCAGGAUCAUGCUACAAAAAGAAGAAGAGGAGAAGGCAGAACUUGAAACCCAGAACACAUUGGAGGUUGAAGUGGCAUCUCGGAAUGUGGGAAGAACACCAAAAGAUCCAAGAGCACUCCCAUGA